CUGCCCUGAAUGCUGCUACUUCCCUCUCUGUUCUCUCUCAUUCGAAAUUCCGUUGAAGUGUAUGAGCUAGCUAUGGUUUCCAGGACGUCUUCUCGGUAUGCAGCUUCUACUGCAGCAUCUCUUGUCUCCACACCUUCUGAAAGAUGUAAUCUUACAACGAAAUUCAUACACCCAAAAUCCAGGACCGGACCCCAGAUCCCGCUUCCGAAAUCCCCCAGAAAUGACGGAAAGAUGAACGUAAAUGAUGCGCUUGCACAGUUCGACAAAAUGCUCCAGAUGCAGACACAACCACCCGUUUCAUCAUUCAACACGCUGCUAGGCACUGUUGCCAAAGCCAAGAAGUAUGAAGAUUUGUUUUUUAUGUUCAAUCGGAUGGUUGAAGCUAAUUUAUUGCCGGAGUAUAUUGGAAUGAAUAUUUUGAUUAAUAGUUAUUGUGAUUUGAAGAGAGUUGCUCUUGGUUUUGCUGUUAUGGGUGGGAUGUUGAAGAGGGGUUACCAUCCGAAUAUUGUUACAUUUACUUCGCUGAUUAAAGGGUUGUGUGUGGAAGAUAAGAUUGGUGAUGCAGUAGGGUUGUUGAGGAAAAUAAUCAGAAUGGGUGUUUAUCCUAAUGUGAAAACUUGGGGGACUUUGGUUACUGGGUUAUGUAGGAGUGGGAAUGCAGGGGUUGCUCUCAGGUUGCACGAAGAGUUGGUGAAUGGAAAUGUGGGAUUCGGACUGAGAUUUAAACCCAGUUUGAUUUAUUAUUCUUGCCUUAUUGAUGGGCUUUGUAAAGAGGGAUUUGUUGAAAAGGGUAAAGAAUUAUUUUCGGAAAUGGAGGGUAGGGGUAUUUCGCCAGAUGUGGUUGCGUAUGGUGCAUUAAUUCAUGGUUUAUGUAAGAUGGGCGAGUGGGAGCAGGCGAAGGGGUUCUUCAUUCAUAUGAUGGAUCGAGGUAUUCGUCCCAAUGUUAUGACAUUUAAUAUGUUGAUAGAUGCACUUUGCAAGGAGGGGAAAACUAAUGAAGCAAGUGGUUUGCUGGAGAUGAUGAUUCGAAGGGGUGAAAAGCCUGAUUCUAUUACAUUUAACACUUUGAUGGAUGGGUACUGUCUGGAGGGCAGACUUAAUGAUGCAAGAGAGUUGUUUGUUUCAAUGGCAGCUAAGGGCCAUGAAAGAGAUAUUGAAACCUACAAUGUGUUAAUGAAUGGGUAUUGCAAGUGUCAUAAAUUGAAAGAGGCGAUGGACCUUUUCAACGAAAUGCUCUGCAAGGAAUACAAGCCAACAGUAAUUACUUUCAACAUUCUGUUAACUGGUCUAUUUCAAGCAGGUAAAGUUGAGGAUGCACGAAAACUUUAUUCUAAGAUGAAAGAUCAUGACCUGACACCAGAUUCUGCUACCUAUAGUAUAUUAUUGGAUGGUUUUGGCAAGAACAAUUGCCCUGACGAGGCAAUAGAUUUGUUUCGAUCUCUAGAAAAGUCUGGCCAUAAGCUGAACAGUCUAAACUGUAACUGUCUACUCGAUGGAUUGUGCAAAGCAGGACAACUCGACUUAGCCAGUGAGCUGUUUGCGAGGUUUCCAGAGAUGGGCUUAGUACCAACAGUUUAUACUUAUUCCAUCAUGAUAAAUGGGUUUUGCAAGGAUGGACAGCUAGAAAAGGCAAACAAUCUGUUUCUAGAGAUGGAAAACAAAGGUUGUGCUCCUGAUGUAGUUACCUUCAAUACACUUAUGCGAGGGUUCUGCAAUAAUAAUGACGCCCCGAAAGUGGUUGAGCUUCUUCAGAAAAUGGCAAAGAGAAAAUUUUCACCAGAUUCAUAUACAGCAAGUAUAGUUGUGGACUUAUUGUCAAAAGAUAAGAGUUAUUCGAAAUUUCUCCAAUUGAUUCCCAGAUUUUCCAACAAGGGCUGAGAAAUGGAUGACAUGCUGAAUGUGGGGUGCCAGCAGGUAAUUUUAGAGAGCGAGAUGAAAGUAGAAGAUACUGGAUCAAAUUCAGGAUGCAUGAAUGAGAAGUUGGAAUUUGUGAAUUUUCUGACUAGAAAUAGGAAAUGGGCAUGCUAUUUCAAACAGAGGUCCUUCGUGGUGUGGUCAUUACUGGCUGGAUGGUAAGGUAUCAAAGUUUGGUAUCUCCCAAAGUUAAUUUCAUCACUCUCUGGAGCAACACUUAGUUAGGACUCUUAGAUAUGCUGCCCACUCACUGUUAUUUACUUUUGAAAUUUAAAUCAACUAUCGUCAAUCUUAUUUGGAUUUCAUUGAUUGCAAAUACCGAGAUAUGAAACUCUAUCUGCUUGCUCUUGAGUGUUGCAAGUGAUAACAACUAUCCUUGUGUUUGUAUAAAAAUAUCUCAUCUCUGAAGUUGUUCUUUUGAUAGUCAUGCAGGUCUUGUGAUUUGGCAUGCAUUUAGAUGAUGUCAUAAGUAUUUCAAGAUGGAUUAUGAGCACUUACCGAAUCAUUUAUGGUUGAGAGAAUUUCAGUGUGUGGUUUAUUGGGGCCCCUGUAGUGCUGCUACAAAGUGGAAGAGGAUUCUACAGCUCUCUAUCUUGUAUUAUAUUUCUAAGUGUACAAGAUAUCAAGUCAAACAUCCUGCUGCUUAAGGAUUGCCCAGGAACUUUUACAGGAACUAGCCCAACCAGGCAAAAAAUGAGAAAAACAAGAAGAUGAAAAGAGAUGAGCCAGUACACCUCCUUAACGCCCUCAACUCAUUAUCCUGCAGAGAUAAGAUGGACAAGAUGUAACAAGCACUAAAUAAGAUUGGAUAUGAACGAACCUGCUCUCAAACAAUAUCUGCCUUAAGUUCAGUGAAUCAACACUGCAGCUAGAUGGUUGAUAUGCUGCUUCCCCUACCGCCCAUGAUUUUUCUGCAGAAAAAAGUUGGAAGACCCCAAAGAAAUCACACAACAAGAACUUUGGCAGUUAUUCGAUUCUUUUGGUUGAGGGGAAUGAAGCCUGGUCCGAAAUCAUUCAUUUACGAUGAACAAUUCGAACAUUGUUGGACGAAAGAUUUCGCACCAGACAACAUUCCCCUCAACAUAUAUGAAUAUGCAACAAAAGGUGAAGAAACAAUUGAAGCAUGGAAUGGGUAGAAGGAGAUGGAUGAUUUAGGCAUGCAUUAUCUUUUAUGGGGUCCUUUAUAUACGUAAGAGAUUCUCUCUUUGGUUCACUUGACAGGGAAAUCCACUUUUAAGUACUCACGCACAUCACCGCUCACAUGAAGAGAGCUAGCCAAUGUUGUAAUCUAGUUUAGUACCUUAAGAUUUAUACAUAUAAUUGUAA